CCCAUCACUCACGGGCCGCUUUGAGGGCGGAGCGGGAGCCGGUCCGCCCAGAGUCACUACCCUAGCUGCGGGCCAAUCGGGAUAGAAGGAGAAAGAAGCGGAGGAGGAACGGCAGCUCCCUUCACCCGCCCUCCCGCGGGACGAAGGGAGCUGUGAGGCGGGGCUGUGUGAGGAGGCUGGGCCUCAGCUCCGCGCCUUCGCCAUGUCUGAGGAAGGAGCCGCCAAGCUGCACCUCAAGCCCAGGAGGGCGCCGCCAGCUUGCAGCCGGGAGCGCUCCCGGCGGCGCCAGUGAGUCAGGGCCGGGUGGGUCGAACGGCUGCUGUGGAGGGGCCGGAGCUGCGCUGCUUCAGCCGGCCCAGGGAAAGGGCCCAUCUUACCCCCGUACUGGGAAGAUGGAGCCGGGUCUUCAGACGUGCCUGAGGCCAUUGACUGACAGCUGUUCCUGGUUUGAAAAAGAAGACUUAAAUGAGUGUGAAGAACCAUGGGGUUUGUUACUGAAAGGCGUCAGUCAAGAUUUCCAAUGCACAGACUGGCAGGCAGUGCCCACUUUUCCAGAGUUCUUCAAAAAGAGCUCUGAGGAAGAGAGUCUACAAGAACAGGAGGUCUUUACAAUUGGAAAGAAAGACUUUCAGUGGGUGUCAUUCCCAUCUUUUUGCAAAGAAGAACAUCUAAACCCAGAGGAUCUUAGCUCCCAUCAGCUAACACAGAGCCAGAUCAACCAUCUACAUACAGGACAGGGCCAAGCAGAUAAACUGAGCAGUUUACCGUGUGCAGCUGAGAAGACAUGCUGCGUAACUAUUACAGAUCAAGCCAAACAUGUGGUUGGGGAAGACACAGAAGCUAUUUCAAAAUCAGAUGUAAGUCCCAAGUCAUGUAAACUCACUUGGCAUGGGAGUUCUGUGCACGACUUGGCACUGCCACGAUGCUCUGCGAAAGCUUUGAGCGAUCAACAGCAUUGCGGAGGGACUGCACAGAACAGCAGAGAAAGCGGAAAAGAAAAUCAUAGGAAAGAGCUUCAGCUACAAACACAUCAAGGGGGUGUUUCCUUUGGUGAGGCCAGAUGCACACCUGCAGAAGAGAACCCGCCUCUUGUGAGUUUACCUGGAACCAAGAGCUGCAAGGAAGAGGAAGAAUAUUGGGGCGAAGGAGCUCCAACUCUUGACAGUUGUCCCAUGUGUCUCAUUCGGUUUAGUGGAACACUGUCACAACUGGACGUUGAUGGCCACCUUGCUAGGUGCUUGUCUGAAAGUACAAAUGAUGUAAUGUGGUAAAUCCUAAAUACAGAAGAAUGAAGAGCAAAGAAACAAAGCCAAGGAGGAACCUCUCUUAGAGGAAAAGGAAAAAUGUGGAGGGGAAGCACAUCCUUGUCUCAAACCAGUCACCUAGCAGAAGAUCAAGGGCCAGAUGCCUGCUCAGGGUCUUUUUCUUUUAAAUCUUCUCAGACACAUGUAAAGUAGUUCUGGUUCCAAAAGCAGUGCUCUGGGCUGCCCCAGGCACCCCCACAGGGCAAUCAGUGUUGCUACUCCUGGAGUCUGGGGACUUCUGAAACAAUGUGGAAUUGUAAAUCCCUGAGGGACUUGUGUUGUUGAUGCCCCAAUGCUCUUCUGAGCGUAGAAUAAACCAGCUGAACAGAAGAUAACUUAUUUAAUGCAAUCCAGAAGUCCACAGACCUUUUCUUUUUCUAAACAGGUAAUCUGUAAAAAUAAGCUUGAAGUUAUUAAAACUUAGCAUUGUUAUUUUAACAUUUUAGUAAGAAAGUAUAUGAUUGUACAGUUGAUUCUGUGAGUGUAUCUAUGUUAAAAGGAAACACAGAAACCCAGACCAAAUAAAGGCUGUGAGGUUUUUUUAUCUUUCUGAAGGAACACAGUUGAAUUCAGAGCCUUACGCUGGGGGUUUCUACAUUAACAUGACUAGGCUAAACUAAUUGGGCUCCAGUAAGAGCGCCCUCCUGCCAGUUCGACAUUACUGAGAUGCAAAGCAAGAUUUAAUGCAGUCAGUCAGCCAAAACAGCUGCUUUUUGUAUCAGUUCCACCCCGCCUGGAUACCAUCAAGGUUUGGGAAUAAAGAAUAAAUUACAUUUAGUGAUGGUUUAGGAAUGAAGUAGAGUGGGUUGUUCCUUUCCGCCCAAGUACAGUCAGUUGUUUAUGGACCAGGGUAUGCCACAUAGUGUUGCCAGUCACAGCCUCACAGCUCACAUCUGUUUCCUGGCAGGGGGCUGUAUCCAAGGGCAAAACUAUUGUGCCCAUUCCAGCUAUUCCAAUCACAACUGCCUUCACACAGGGAAGAAGAGUGCAACUCCAAUUAACAACUUCAGCAUCCAAACAGUUUCCUAUCUCAGCAAACCCUCUGGUUUGGGUGCAACCCUGUGCCACAGAACGCACAUGGAAUACAAUAUCCAAGUACAGGAUGAAUCCUAGAGAUUCAAUUCACAAUGCGGUUUCUUCCAAAAGUGCAAGUGGGACUCGGCUCUGGUUACUGAGAAAUAAUAACAGUCUAUCAGCUUUUUCAUUAAAGUCUUUAAUAGAUGUGCAAGAAUAUAAAUGAUCUUAGCUGUUAGGGAUUAGUAUACCAUCUUCUGCACAAUUAAAACUGGUCAGCAAAGAUCCCAACUAAUUAAUUAUACAAAACUACAAGAACAUAUUUACUGUUUUACAAUCAUUAAAUUAGCUAGAAUUUUCAUUUACUAUUUCAAAUAAGACAACUAUAUAUCAUUACCAGAUCCAUUUGUAAUAUAUUAGGAUUUGUUUUUCCAAACCACACAUUUAAUUACAUCCUUCAUUUUCUUUAUUUAUAAAACAAGUACUUUAUAUAAAAAAUUUCCCCUUCAUCAGGAACAGAACAUUAUUCAAACACUUGCACAUGAGCAACCAAACUUGUAUCCAGCAAACUAUUUGGCAACACAGCAACAUUGUAAAUGCCUGUAAAUCUUUGAAAUAAAAUCAAGUAGUCUUUACAGUGUUUUUUA